AUGGAUGGAGAUAGCAAUGAUAUUUAUCUUAUCAUGAGGAACAUACUGUUUUUAGCCUCAAAAGAUACAGUUAAUGUUGCGAGUUAAAGGAAUUUGUUAAAUAAAUGGUUUUAAGAUUCUAUAAAGAGCUAUAUUAUGGAGUAAGUAGCUUCUCCAUUAUUAGCUGGACCUCUAUAAUGCAGAUCUUCUAGAGAAGUUAAAACUUAUAUUCAUAAUAGGAUUAAUUAAAAUAGACCAAAAUAUAUGAGUAUCAUAGAAUAAUACUUUUAUUUCAUUAAUAAGUUUAAUUUAGGUGAUAUGUUUUAAGAAAAACUUAAAAAAAUUAUUAAAAACCCUAAGAAUAUUUCUGAAUGUCUCAAUUAUAAAACCUAUAAUAUUAAAAAGGUAGUUCGAAAGUAAUUUGUGUGCUAUCUUCUUCUACGCUACUAUGAAUUAUUUGGCAAUUAGGAAAUAAUACCUUCCUUUUAUGAAUUGUGGAAUUUGUGUUUCCCUAGUGAGAUACAGUAGAAAAAAAAACUCUCAAAAUAUGACACUAUGAAUGGAAUAAAGCCAAAAACUAAUACUUAAAAAUAAAAAAAGGAUUCUACUAAAAUUAAUUAAAAUUUACAAAAUGAAGAUCCUUGCUCUUCUUAAGAAAGAAGAAAAAUUAAUUAAAAUUAAGACUUUUUGUAUGCCUAAACCAACCAAACAAAUUAUAAUUUUGAUCAAUCCUUUCAAAUGAUUGUGGAAAAUAACAAAAUUAAUUGUAAUUAGAUAUAUCAUCCUCAUUCUUUUUAUAGCAGAUCAAACAAUUUUUAAUAAGAAAACCUUUUAACCUAAACUUCAUAAGGCACUAAUGCUUGCUUUUAGGCUCCUAUUAAAUCUGAAGGUAAUUUAAAUUAGAACAGCCACUAAUUUCUUUAUCCUUCUUUUAAUGAUUAAUAAAUAAUCUAAAAACAUGAGCAUGCGCUUUCUUAAAACACUUAAAAUGAAUACAAAAAUCUUUAACCUCAUUAAAAAUUUGAUGAAAUUUAAUAAAAUAAUUAAAUAAAUAAUAUUUACCUCCCUUAUAAUGUCUAAUAAAGUUUUUAAAAUGUAUAAUAUUAAUUCAAUGAAAACCUUUAAACUUAAUGUAUUAAAAAUCCAUGUUAAGUGAAAUUAGAAUAAGCAGAAAAAAUCAACACCUUUGUUUUUCCACCUUUUUCUAUUAAUGAACCAAACAAUUAAAAAAUAGAAACUCCUGAUUCGAGUACUUUAUCUGCGAAUUUUCAUCAUUAACCUAAACCCAAAUUUGAAGAAAAUAGUUAAAGUAAUUUUACUGCAAUCACUAACACUUUUACUCUUAGCUAGUAAAAUAUUAAAAUUUAAGAACCUUAACCUACUUAAAACUCUUACUUACCUUCAAAUAAUUUUAACUUGCCUCAAGUAAAAGUUGAGGAUAAUUAAUAGUAAAAUUAAAAUAUUAACUUCUUUUCUUCAUGUAAUAACUAAUAAAAUGAAAAAAUUGAAGAACCUUAAAUUUCUUAAAAAGGUUUUGAAAUUUAAUUUAAUUCUAACCAGCCUUAAUAGUAAAAUUAAAGCAUUAACUUAUUUUCUUCAUGUAAUAACUAAUAAAAUCAAAAAAUUGAGGAACAUUAAAUUUCUUAAAAAGGUUUUGAAAUUUAAUUUAAUUCUAACCAGUCUCAAGUUAAAUUAGAAGAAAAUAACUAAUUAUAAAUUGUUAAAAAUGAAAUAACCUAGAGUUCUGAAUUUAAAAACUAAUCUUAGCUUUAAGUUAAAAAUGAAGAAACCUAAUAAAAAAAUGAUUUCUCCAAUAGUCCUUUCUCUCAAUUAAACAGUAAUAUUAAAAUAUAAGAAUCACCAAAAACUAUUUAGUAAAUAUAAAACCAUAUUGACCUUCCAUUAUCUUAAGGGAAAAAGGAUAAAAUAAAGCUGAAUCUUUGUCUAAAAAGCCUAUAAAAUACUACUAAUUAAUUAACUAAAAAAGAAGAAAUUAAGAUUUAAGAGGAGUUUGAAUCUACUUUAAUCUUAUAAAAUCAAAAUAAUCCUUUAUUACCUUAAUUAAAAUCAGAGGAAAACACAAAAAAUAUGUGUAAACAAAGCCUUAAUAUUUCUUUAAAUAGCUUACAAAAUAUUCAAAAUUAAUAAAUGAAUUCAGAGAAUACCAAUAUUUAAGGUACUUAUAACUCAUUAAAUUAGCCUAAUCUGAAUUUAAAUCAAAAAAUAAAAUAAGAAGAGCAUAAUAAAAGUAAUAACAAUUAAGAUAUCAAUACUUAAAAUGACAUUAAAAAUGAGCCUUAAAUUCCUUUUCACUCUUAAAAUAUGAAUUCUGAGUAAGUAAAAGUAAAAAUUGAAGUAAUUAAUGACAAUAAAUUUAAAAUUAAUAUUUCUAAAAAUUAAAAUAGCUUAUAGAAUGCUAAAAAAUAAGAACUUAUAAUUCCUCUAAAAUCUUAAAUUAAAUCUGAUUCUGAUGAAUCCCAUAUAAAAUAAGAAGAAAAUAAGCUAAAUUAAAGCAACACCAAUUUUUAUAUCUAGCAUAAUAACUAAUAAAAUACCAUAAAAUUAUAACAUUCAGUAUGUCAUAAUACUUAGGCUAAUUAUAAUUUAUAAUAAGCUCAAAUAAAAUUAGAUGAUUAAUAUUCCUCUCCAAAUUCCUUGCCAAGCAAUGUUCUUUCUAAAAAUAGAUAGCAUAAUUUUUAAAUUUAAUAGCCUUCGUCUGAAUAUAGUAAUUAAAUUUUUUAUAAACACCCUCAACCUCAACCGAUAGCAAAAUUUGAAGAAAAUCAUUAAACAUAUUCUACUUAAAAUCAAAAUUAAAUGAGCAAUAUUUAAAUUUAAAGGGAAUAAUACAAGUUUUUCUAUCCUUAGACAAAUUAAAUUCCAUAUUAGCAUUAAAAUCAAUACUGUAAUAAUCCUUAAUAAGUAAAUAAAAAUUUCCCCUAAUCUCAACUAAACUCAGUACCAUAUGGGAAUUCAAUUAGCUAACAAUACACUAAUUUACACAUGAAUAAUUAAAAUUGA